AUGUUCGCUACCUCCUUCGUCGCUUUCCUCUUCGCCCUCCCCAUCGCUCUGGCCAUGCCCCAAGGCACCACUCCCCCUCCCACUCCCCCAACUUGCCCCGGCCAGGGUCAAAUUCACCCGAACGGCGUCUACAACAAAUGCCUCGACGUUCAAGGCGCGCUGUUCCAGAAUGGUACUCCUGUUCAGGUCUACGAUUGCAACGGCUCACCGGCGCAGACUUGGGACUACAUUCGCGGUAGCACCAAGGUUCAGCUCAGGGGCACCAAUUAUUGCUUGGAUGCUGGAUCCUCGCCUGGCAACGGUGUGCAUAUGAAGAUUUGGACCUGCUACGGCGGCCUGUCGGCUCAGCAGUGGUACUACACCGACGAUUCCCGUAUCGCUCUCCAAGGACAAGGACAAUGCCUUGACCUAUCGGGCGGCAACCUCUCGAACGGCAACUACGUUCAGACCUGGCAGUGCGGUGGCGGUAAUACCAACCAGAUCUGGGUCUGA